AUUCAGUCGCAUGCUCACUUCAAUGACGAGCUGCUCUCUUAGGGAAACAAUAUUUUUUGCCUUGAAACAUGGCGGACUCUCUCGCAACGUGAGAUGUGCUUUUCAUGCUACUAAAUUGGCGUGAAAGAGAAUUUAUUGCGCAGAUCACAUCGCAGUCAAGAAUGAUUUCGACACGCGCUUUUGUGAUAAGCUUCGUCUUCGUUCUCGUGCUACAAGGAUCGCUUGAAGCGGGUCGGUUGUUCGCUCCCCGCGAUACGAUCGCAAGUGACUUAAAAACCGAAGACAGAACUAUAAACAACCGCCUGGUAAUUUGUGAGUCUCAGUGCAGAUCUGAGAAGCAAGAAACGCCGCAGUUAAAAAAGAUUUAGUAACCAAGAGUAUGAGAAUACGACGGAACGCUGUGACCCAGCAGGAGAAAGAAGAAAAUUGUAUAUCACCACCUCGGUUUCUGGAUUAUCAUUCUGUUGCAGCCACUGUGGAAGUGGAUUUUUCUGAAAGAAAACCAAACUUGUCUAUCUCAUGGAAGCCAGUUUACACUGGUUCCUGGUACAACUGGACAUCAUAUGCCAUUUUUUACCAAGCUGGGGACGGAACACCUUUUUGUAGAUUAGUACCAAAGGACCAGCAUAACUUCAUUAUUGCAGAUGGUGAGGGUUGGGAUUAUCCAAAUGCCAUAUACAUGGUGAUUUACACUUAUCCUCACUCCAAAGAAAGUGAACAGGACAUGAGGAGAUACGAUCUUCCUCUACGACCUCUACCGACAUUUCCCCCAACGUCCUCUCACGACACCGUCAAAAUUGUAGCGGCCGCUUCUGGUGCCUUUGUAGGCUUUACUUUCCUGAUGGUUUUCUUGUUCUUUGUCCAUCGAAGACGAAAUAGCCCAUGUUCCCUUCUUUGGAAAGGUGACAAGCGUGAAGAGGAGCAUUGCAAGCAACCACGCAACAAUUUAGUGAACCUUUCAGCUUCAGGAAGACCCACUUCAGCGCAUUCAACAGGUCCGAACACAGGUCCUGACUCUUUCUACGCAUGUUAUUUUCCGGAAAACGAGUGGUUCAAGCUCAAAGUGGCUUCGGUCGUGAAUUUCUUCAGGAACAAUGGCUACCAAGUGGAGAUGGAUGUAAUGAAUUCCUGCGAACUCUCUAGUGGACCAACUCGUUGGGCUGAACAACAAAUUCGGCGAGCUCGAAAUGUCCUUAUAUUUCUGUCUCCGGGACUUUUGCGUCUUGCUGGCGUUAUUGACGAUGAUCCGGAAUCUCAUCAGGAACACGAGCGCGUUUGGUAUGAACUUGCUUUGCUUAAGAAAAUUUUCUUACAGACUCACUCCGCAAGUAAAAUGGUGUGUAUCGCCCUACCAAAUACAAGUAUUAAAGCACAGGAACUUCCUCUGUGGGCUGAGUUGAUCUAUAAAUGGCCAGAGGACGAACAGACAAUUCUCAAACGAUUAAACGACAAACCUAUUAUCCAGCCCUGGAAGUGCUAAAGAUGCAGGCAUUUUGAUAAAUGAUUUGCCAUCUUGUUUUUUAUUUUGUUAUAUAGGUACUGCUGAAAUACCAGGAUUUCUCCUUUUACUAAAAACUCACAUCUUCACCGCGCGCAGUGAAGAUAAUAUUUUUAUCUUUCACGUGUUAGGAUAUUGGUGUGGUCAUGGUGACCAACAUAAUUACCCAAUUACAAUAGAGCUUCUCGCUCAGGCGCGCGGUCGGUUGAUUUGAAAUUUCAUUCACAAAAUGGCCUCGAGGUGCGAAGACAUUAGAGUUACCGGUGACUUUCUCGAUGAGCUGCCAAAUUUUCACAUCGAUAUUUUUCGUGGAAAUUUCAUCAGUAUGUAUGUAAUAAACAGAACAUUACAUGGCCGCGAGGGGAUACGAAUUUUAUCUUCAC